UUGGCGGGAUUCAGGAACGGUAUUAGUGUUAUAUCAGGAUAUAUCUGUUUUGUGCUCUGAUCUGGUUGUGCUGUUGCCUGUUGUGCGAGAACUAUGGUGUUUCUUUUUAUUCUUAUAUUGUAAAUUUAUUUAUUUCUGAAAUGCAGUCUUUUUUAAAAACUGGCAAACUUGGCCCUCAAGAACCAACAAAGAAAUCAACGUCAAAAACCAAAGAAAAUAUUACACCACGCAACAGGCCUACACCUUGGGUAGAAAAAUACCGACCAAAAACUGUUGAUGAUGUUGUGGAACAAGAUGAAAUCGUUCAAGUCCUACGGCAAUGUUUAGCUGGAGAAGAUUUCCCAAAUUUAUUGUUAUAUGGUCCACCAGGUACUGGUAAAACAAGUACAAUUUUAGCAGCAGCGCGGCAGUUAUUUGGUAGUUCCUUUAGAGACAGAAUAUUGGAACUUAAUGCCUCUGAUGAAAGAGGUAUUCAAGUCGUCAGAGAGAAAGUUAAAGCUUUUUCUCAAAUUGCAGUUGGCAGUACCAAAGUAGAUGGAAAGCCAUGCCCACCAUUCAAAAUUGUUAUUCUUGAUGAAGCGGACAGUAUGACAAGUGCAGCCCAAUCAGCUUUGAGAAGAACGAUGGAAAAAGAAUCGCACAGCACUCGGUUUUGUCUAAUUUGUAAUUAUGUUUCAAGAAUUAUUGAACCUCUCACAUCUCGAUGUACAAAGUUCAGAUUUAAACCACUUGGAGAAGAGAAAAUUAUUGAAAGAUUACAGUACAUAUGUAAUCAAGAAGAUUUGAAAGCUGAAAAAAGUGUACUUAAAACAGUAGUUGAUGCAUCAGGAGGUGAUUUGCGAAGGGCAAUCACUUGCUUACAGUCUGUUACAAGAUUAAAAGGAAAAGGAAUUGAGGUCACAGCUGAUGAUGUUGUAGAAGUCACUGGUGUGGUUCCAAUUAAAUGGUUAGAUGAUUUACUUAAAGUUUGCGAAACUAAAAAUUAUAAUGAAGUUGAAGCUUACAUUGAUAAAUUUAUGCUUGAAGGUUAUUCGGUCAGUCAGGUUGUUGAUCAACUGAACGAUAUGGUUAUUUACUCACUCAUGCUUUCAGACAAGCAGAAAGCUUUUAUUGGAGAAAAACUUGGGGAAUGCAGCUAUAGAUUACUCGAAGGUGGAAGUGAAUAUGUACAGUUCAUGAGUCUUUGUGGCGGUAUUAUGCAGGCAUUUGCGAUAGAAUGAUUAUGAUGUGCUAAGCAAAACUGUUAUAGUAUUUACUAUCAAUCAUAUUGAUUGUUCAUCAUUCAUCAUUAUUUUUAAACAUACUUUUUAAAGAAUUUUGUGCAAGACAAAAAUUUUGGCACAACCAAUACAAUAGUGAGCGUAGAGUCUUGUUACUACAUAAAGUUUUGUUAAUCAUUUAUUAUUCUACCUUUUUCACUAAAUUAACUAAUUAAAUCUAAAGAACUUAAAAUUUCGUAAGUUAUUUAUUAUAACAUAAUCUACGCCUACCGACAAUCAUUCCAUAAAAUUACAAUUCCAUGCGAUGUCCUCUCUGUUAACAUAAUAAUCAUGUACAGAUAUACCAUACCACACAAAUAAAUUCUUGAAAAAAAAAAAAAAAACAAAAAAAAAAAAAAAUUUCUUUUAAAA